AUGGAAAAUCUAAUUGGAGAAACACGGAAAAUUAACAAGUUUAAGUACCAUGAAAAAGAUUUAGAGUUGACAGUCACACAAGAUCAAUUAUACAAGGAAAUGUUGCGCAAACUGUCACAUUUGGCUGAAGAAUUUCGAAUAGCAACAGAAAAACGUGUUAACAAAACAGAACGUCGAACUUUAGAAUCAAAUUAUACACUAAAUGAAAAAUUAUCAUGUUUAAGCACUGAAAUGCUGAAUAUUAUGGGUAAAAAUAAAUCGUAUAAACAAGCCACUAAACAAUUGAAGCAUGAUGUUCAUGUCUUACGAGACGUUAGAAACGAAAUGCAUAAAAAUUGGUCGAAUCAGAUCCAAUCACUGAAGCAUUCGAUAUCUAAUUGUUUGGAAAAGGAAAAAAAGUUAUUCUCAAUUAAAGAAAUGUUCCCAAUGAAAGAAAAUGUUUGUAUACUGAAUAAGAACUUGUUUCAAACACAUAUUGACGAUAUGAAUAUAAAAGGAGAUGAACUCAAUGAAGAAGUCCACAAUCUAAGGUCAAAGUAUGACGAGUCAUUAUCGCAGUUUGAAGAAUACAAGUACAUAAGGAGAGAAGAGCUACACCGUUUAAAGCAGUUAAUUCAAGCAAGAAAUCAUUUAUGUCAAUUAGUUUCCGAUUGUAAAACUGCACUACAAGAAGCUUAUGAAAUGUAUGAACCAGAAAGUACUACAAAAUUAAAUUUCACUGAACGUGUUCAACGGUUCGACCAUUUGUUGACUGCAUUCUUUAUUAUAAUUUACACAUGUGAUCAGCUGAUUUCACGUAUUACUCCAUACCAGAUUGGAGAUUUUCGUUGGAAACGAUUAUCUACCUGUGUACCGUCAGCCUCAACAAGACAAUCACUUGGUGGUCAAAAGGUUAUGUUUAGUGACUCAGUGCAGGAUUCAUUAGCAACAUCAUCACUGGCUAAUGUCGACAGUCAAACAAGGAAGACAUUUUCAGGGAAAGAUGAGUCAACUGGAUCGAAUUUGGAGUCAGUUGAAAAAGAUGAGUGA